GCGAUGUGUAGUGGCAAGCUGCAGACAGGUUUGCUGGUGGCCAGCUACUUUGUCUAUCUGCUGGUGGGUGCAGCUGUGUUCCAGGCAUUGGAAAGGACUGCUGAGAAGCAGGAGAAAAUAGCAGCUGCCCAGAUGAAGGAGGCUUUUCUGCAGAAUUUCACCCACCUCACAGUGGCAGAGAUGGAGCAGUUUAUGAAGAACCUGACUGAAGCCAUUCAGAAUGGAGUAUACCCUGUUGGAAAUGAAUCACGGAUUGAAGACAGCAACUGGGAUUUCAGUAACUCCUUCUUCUUUGCAGGCACAGUUGUCUCCACAAUAGGAUAUGGCACACUACAUCCUAAAACUACUGGGGGGCAGAUCUUUUGUGUCUUUUUUGCUCUGUUUGGAAUCCCUCUGAAUAUUGUUUUUCUCCACCAUGUUGGUAAGAUGCUCUCACUGCUGUGUAAAAAGCUGGGGAACUACCUGUAUGAGAAAGGAAUGAGACAGAAGAAGAUCAAAUUUCUGACCCUUCUGUUUUUCCUGUCUACGGGGAUCCUAGUUUUUCUGUGCUUGCCAUCACUGUUCUUCCAGAUAACAGAGGGCUGGUCCUACAGCGAAGGAAUUUACUUUGCAUUUAUCACUCUCAGCACCAUUGGCUUUGGAGAUUAUGUAGUAGGUAAACAGCCUGGCAGGAAUUACUUUUCAUACUAUCGCUCACUGGUGGCCAUUUGGAUUCUUUUUGGCCUUGCCUGGAUUGCUCUCCUGUUUAAUUUAUUGACAACAGUACUAGAAGAUACUGAAAAAAUAAUUGUCAAAGAUCUCCAUCACAUUGGAAAGAUGAGUAAGGACAAUGAAGCAAGUCAACAAAGAAGAUGCUGGCCUGCUCAAUUUAUUCCAGAGGAAGAACUACCACCACCAUGUGCUGGAGGGGAUGCACAGAAAAUGGAGUCAUUAGCAGCAGAUUCUGAACAGACAAAAAAUGAAAAAAAUGUUUUUUCUUAUAGCAAAACUCUUGCCGUAACAUUGAACUCUUCAUUGGAGAGUUGUUAGUGAAUUUUUCUAAAGAAAUUCCCAUAGAAAUAAAAUUUCUCCUACCUUCUGCUGAGAUAUGACCUUUCAGAAGUCAAGAUUCACAGCUGCACAAAGCCAAAAAGCUAAUGGUAAGAUACUUGCUCCUCCGUUUGCAAUUGAGUUGUGUUAACAACCUGAGAGGUGCACUUGUUUAGCAAGGCAUUUUUGAGGUGCUUCCACAAAAAUGAGGAGGAGUGUGGUGGAGCUUGCAGGUUCUGUUUGGAUUAUUUUGCUUCCAGGAAGUGACAUGCACAAGCUUUUCUGAGGCUUUGCAUAGCACAUUUGCAAGACAAUAUAAGGGCAUAUAAAUGAAUAGAUGCUUGAUCUGAACAAUCAUAUUGGAUAAGCUACUAUGAUCUGAAUGACUUAUUAAAGGACAAGACCUAGGCUCAGUUCAGUGACACCAGAAGCAUCUA